AUGCCAGUGGAAAGGCGCUCGCUCAGGUCAAACAGCAAAGGUGAUACUUCAUCAUCCGCCAACGGCGACAAAGCUCGCUCCAACUCCAAUUCCAAAGAUAAGGCUGCCCCAACAACCCGGUCGGCCGCGAACAAGGCCAAACCGGCCCCGGCCAAGAAAGCAGCAGCAGCAGCCACUGCAAAGGGCGCCAGCGGCUCCAACAACACAAACACAAACAACAACAAUAUGAGUGGCGACCAGCCGCAGCGAAAUGGAACAGACCCGGCUGAGAACGGCGUCGAAGACGUAGAGAUGGAAGAGGAUACUACGGCAGGUGGGCCUACAUCGUCCAUCCAAACCAGCUGGGAACACGAUGGUGACGAGAUGACUGUUGUAGUGCCCCCAUCAAAGGCUUCUAGAUUAUCCGCCGCGGAUAGCAAGAAGAACGAUGAGGAUGAUGUUGCCAUGGAAGGCGCCGACGACAAGGACUCGGCCGCCAAAGAGAUCGAGGUCGACCCCAGGGAAAAGGCCAUCCAAGAUAUCAAAGCCAACUUUGGCCUCCUGGAGCGUGCUGUCACACACUUUGACCCCCGCUUCACCCUCCGCGUACUUCGUUCGAUAUCCUCUAUGCGAAAGCAGAUUUCGCCAGAUCUGCUCGCCGAAGUCAUUGUCGACACCUACCCGAGCUCCAGCCAGACUGCCACUUUCUUGCUCGAAGCCCUUGGUAAGACCGGAGCCUUUGAUGCCGCCGCUUCCGGCAUGGACGUCGACUCGGAUAAAUCAAAGUCUGCCGCUCGUGAGAUUCUGCCCGAAGUCGAUACCUACCUGUCGAUUCUUGUCCAAAUCGUCUUCUACGACCAAAAGGAUGUGCAGGGUGGUGCUGAUUUUUCGGCCAAGCUGGUGGAGCGAUUGCGAACUUUGAACCGCCGAACUCUGGACUCGCUGACUGCGCGUGUGUACUUUUACUACUCGCUUUUCUACGAGCAAAUCGCUCCGCUGCCUCCGUCUCCGGCGGCUGCGGUUAUCUCGAUUCGCAAACCUCUUCUCGCGGCUCUUCGUACCGCUGUCCUGCGCAAGGACGUCGAUACCCAGGCUACCGUGAUCACGCUCUUGCUGCGCAACUACCUGUCCACUUCCCACAUCUCCCAGGCCGAUCUUUUGAUUGCGCACAACGAGUUUCCAGCUGCUGCGUCCAACAACCAGAUUGCCCGAUACUUGUAUUACCUCGGUCGUAUCCGUGCUAUCCAGCUGCGCUACAGUGAAGCUCACGAGCAUUUGACUGGAGCCACCCGCAAGUCGCCAACAAGCCACAGCGCUGGUGGUUUCUACCAAGUGUCUAUGAAGCUUCUCGUGAUUGUGGAUUUGCUGAUGGGCGAUAUCCCUGACCGCUCCGUCUUCCGUCAGCCAUCCUUGGAAAAGGCCCUGCACCCGUACUUCCUCUUGGUGCGUGCUGUCAGCACUGGAGAUCUGGAUGGGUUCUUGAACAUUGUCAACGUGCAUGGAGCUACCUUCCGAAAGGACGGAACCUACACUUUGAUCUUGCGCUUGCGACAGAACGUCAUCAAGACGGGUAUCCGUGUCAUGUCCAUCGCGUACUCGAGGAUAUCGCUGCGUGAUAUCUGCCUUCGUCUUGGCCUUCACAGCGAGGAGUCUGCCGAGUAUAUAGUUGCCAAGGCUAUUCGCGAUGGUGUGAUUGAUGCUACUCUCGACCACGAGAAGGGGUACAUGAAGAGCAAGGAGGCGGGCGACAUUUACUUGACCAGCGAACCGGGCGAGGCAUUCCACGCGCGUAUCCAGGCUUGCUUGAGUCUUCACGACGAAAGCGUCAAGGCUAUGCGUUUCCCGAUGAACCAACACCGGCUGGAGCUGAAGAAUGCGCAGGAAGCGCGGGAGCGUGAGCGCGAGCUUGCCAAGGAGAUCCAAGACGGCGACAUGGACGAAGACGAUGCCGGUGGUGAUUUUGAUGGCAUUUAG